AUGGAAGCACCAGCCGAACUGCCCACAAUGGAGAAGAUAAAGGAGGAACAACAGGAGAAUCAACAGCAACAACAAGAAGGAGAACCCCAGCCAGAACAACAACAACAAGAACAAGAUGAACAACAACAACAACAAGGUGGUUCUCAUAAUGGUGUAGAAAAUGAUACCCAAAAUCAGACACAUAAUGAGGCGAAUGAAGAAAAAACUCAAUCCACCGAGUCGUCGCGUGUGCUGCGCCUGCACGGUCUGCCAUACUCUAUAAAGGAAGAACACAUCCGCACUUUCUUUGCGGACUUUGAACUUGCGGAAAAGGAACCCAUCUUGUACUUCACAGAGGGUCUCCACCGCGGUACAGGAUUUAUUCGCCUCAAACGUGCCGAGGAUGUUCCUCUGGCCAUUCAAAAACUACACCGUCAACACAUUGACCCCACUCGCUAUGUGGAACUUGCGGCGUCUAGUGAAGAGGAUCGUCAACAAACACUUGAGCAGCAGGAGCAGAGCUGCAAGGUCCAUGUUCUCCGCCUUCGCGGUCUCCCCUUCACCUCCACGGAGGAGGAUGUGACGGAGUUCAUCAAGUCCGUGAAGGGCGUGGUGCGUGUGGACAUCUGCCGCGAUCUGGAGGGCCGCAACACCGGCGAUGCCUUCGUGGAGCUCGCCAGCGAGGAGGACGUGGAGCAGGCGAAGCAGCUGCACAACAAGACGAUGGGCUCGCGCUACAUUGAGGUGCUCUCGUCGACGGUGUACGACCGCGAUGCGAUCAUGCGGGCCGCGAGCCUCCGGAGCCGGCGGGAGCGGCGGGGGGGCGGCGGCCGCGGGGGCUCCGGCGGGGCGGCGGCGAUGGGGGCGAUGGGGCCCGGCGGCGGUCCGGGCGGGGCGAUGGGGCCGAUGGGUUACAUCGAUCCCCUCCUCGCCACCUACAUGGGCUACUUCCCACACCUCUUCACCCCAGAGCAGCAGCACAUGCACCAUCAACAGCAGCAGUUUAACCCGCAUGAUCGGAUGGCAGGAGGGCCACCAGCACCGUACCCAGCAGGCGCAGGUGCCCAGCCGCUCUUCUCCAUGUUUCCAGGGCAAUCGUCUCUUAUGGCUCCACGGCAACCAAGUACGCAUGUAGUUCGCAUUCGCGGUGUGCCAUAUACGGCGACAGAAGAGUCCAUAGCGGAGUUUUUCACUGGUGUGAAGAUCCCACCGCAAGGGGUGCAUAUGGUCUACAAUGAACAGAAUCGUCCUACCGGGGAAGCUUUUGUGGAAUUGGAGGAUGAGGGUGAUGUUGCGGCAGCUUUGGACAAGAAUGGAGGGGCGAUGGGCAAUCGCUAUAUUGAGGUAUUUCAAAGUAGUGCUGCAGCAAUGCAACGACUCGGCAGUCCGCUUACAGGGAUGAUGGGAAUGAUGCCUUAUCCAGUACAGGGACUUGGAAUGAUUCCACAGAUGUUUUACUAA